UGGAAUUGUUUUGUUUUGUUUUUAAUCAUCAUAAAAGUACUUAAUGUUGUCAUAAUUUUCUUGGACAAUAAUAUAUAAAAUCUCAGAUUUCUGUGACAGCAAGAUGUUGUAUUUUACAACAUUUUUGAUUAUUAGUAUACAGUGUAUCAGUGAAUGGAAAAUCAAGCAAAAAGCAUCCAAGAAAACAACAUGAUUCCUGCAACAACACAUAUUAACUAAUAGCCAGUCAAUUAAAUAAACCAUGAAAUUGAUCAUUUUAACCUUUAAUUAAGUCAUUAUAAUUUUCAGCUUACUGCAUUCACUAUCGAUUGGUUUUGCCAUUUAUUUAGAAAAGUGGACUCCUCCUGGCUUAGUGUGGUCCGCGCCCUCCCCUCAUAAAUCUAAUUGGAAUCAUCCACUUCCUGUUUGCCACUCGGACCUUCCACGCACGCGGAGCCAGCAGGAGCAGCGGGGACUAACGUAUGGACCAUGAGCCGGCAGGAGCAGGAGGACCUGGAGGAGGACCUGGAGGAGGACCUGGAGGAGGACCUGGAGGAGGACCUGGAGGAGGACCUGGAGGAGGACCUGGAGGAGGACCUGGAGGAGGACCUGGAGGAGGACGAGGAGCAGCGCGGACAAACUGUGGGGAGCCGGGGGAGCACAGCCCAGCCCCGGCCCCAGUUUGGCCCCGGCGCCGGGGCCAAGUGUUCGGAGCAUGCUGGAUUUGAACCAGCCACAGCCGGACUGGCACAACCUCCUCGCGGUUGCGAACCAACCCACCACGCCACGAACCCUUUGGAGGUGUGGGAUGGAGCUCCGGGCGUUUUUGAGUCUUCACUUUGGCUGUGGAACCUUAAACGUUGAAGUAUAAAGGAAUUGAACUCUCAACGUCAGGACUGAAAGGCAGCUUUCUAAGCAGUUGAGCUAACUGUCCACGCUCUUCCUUAUGUUUUCUCAGACUUAUUUACUCUCUGCGUUGAAUAGCGUGCCUAAAAAUUCACUUCAUCCAAGUUUCAAACCCAUGACCUGAGGAACUCCAGUCUUUCUCUUAACCUUGUGAGCUAUUUGUCCUCACAUGGUGUGUGCCAACCUUUGGAAGUCUUUCAAUGAUAGAUUACCCAUGACUUCACAAACCUCAGACUGAUGAGAUAUUUAAGGAUGUCUAUCCUCCCUCUUGGGCCAGAUCUUUGGUGUAGUGGUUAUUGCUCUUCCCUUUGAAACAAGAAGUCCUGGGUUCGAGACCCAGUGGGAACAAGUGUCUUAAUGCAUGGAGUUUUUCAUGUUCUCCCCGUGUGUGCGUGGCUUUUCUCCCGUUUCUCUGGCUUCCUCCCACAGUCCAUCAAUCAUCUACCGCUUUGUCCUACACUGGAGGGUUGCGGGGGGUGCUGUGCCAAGCUCAGCUGUCAUAUGGUGAUAGGCGUGGUUCACCCUCGACUCUUCCCCAGUCCAUUCAAAACAUGCAGUACAGUGAUGAGGUAAAUUUCUGCUUAAACAUUGACUUCAUGUAAGAUUCGAACCCAUGACCAUAGGAACGCCAGUCAACGUCUGAAACAUGUGAGCUAUUUGUCAUUGCAUGCUUUUUCGCACAAUUUGGAAGUAUUUCAAUAAUAGAACACAUGACUUCAAAAAACGUCAGACUGAUGAUAUAUUUUAGAACGUUUGUCCCCGAAAACGGACAACAUGGUUGGUGUAGUGGUUAGUGCUCUUGCCUUUGAAACAAGACUUUCAGGGUUCAAGACCCAUUUGGAACAAGUAUCUUUCUGGAGUUUUUCAUGUUCUCCCCGUGUGUGCGUGGCUUUUCUCCCGUUUCUCUGGCUUCCUCCCACAGUCCAUCAAUCAUCUACCGCUUUGUCCUACACUGGAGGGUUGCGGGGGGUGCUGUGCAAAGCUCAGCUGUCAUAUGGUGAUAGGCGUGGUUCACCCUCGACUCUUCCCCAGUCCAUUCAAAACAUGCAGUACAGUGAUGAGGUAAAUUUCUGCUUAAACAUUGACUUCAUGUAAGA